AUGGCAGAAAAUAGUUCAAACAAUUCGAUCCAAAAUCCAACCAAUUCGAUCCAGAAUUCAACCAAUUCUGCUCAAAUUGGUUAUGCUGAUCAGUAUUUUCUAGGCUCUGGAGAUCAUCCAGAACAACAAUUAGGAUCUCACAAAUUUAAUGGUGAUAAUUUCCUCAGUUGGAAUCGUGUAAUACGAAUGGCACUUGGUGCGAAGAACAAAUUGUGUUUUGUUGAUGGUUCAUGUAAAAGACCUGCUACUAAUGAUCCUGAUCUACAGAAAUGGAUAAGAAAUGAUUAUAUGGUUCAAUCAUGGAUCAUAAAUUCCAUGGAUAAAACAAUUUCUGAAGGUUUCUUGCUACAACAAUCUGCACGCCAAUUAUAUGAAGAAAUUCUUGAAAGGUAUGGCCAAUCAAAUGCACCACAAUUGUUUGAAUUACAUCAAAAGUUAACUUCUAUUCAACAAGAUUCACACUCUAUAGUUGAAUAUUAUUCUCAAUUAAAGCGAGUAUGGGAUGAAAUUCAAUUACUAGAUGCAUUUCCAGAUUGUGAUUGUGGUGCUUUAGAAAGUUGCACUUGUGGAUUGCUUAAAAAAGUAAUUGCUGCUGAUCAGAAACAGAAACUUAUUCAGUUUCUUUCUGGUUUAAACCUUGAUUAUGCUUCUUCUAGAACCAACAUUUUAAGCAUGGAUCCUUUGCCUACUGUUAAUAGAGCCUACUACAUUCUAUUACAAGUAGAAAAACAAAAUAAGUUGAGUGAAAAACAACAAGUUUCAUCUCAGAUUAGUGCUUUUGCAUCAAUGAAACAAAAUUUUCAUCUACCUCCUUCUUCUAAUCCUGGUGUUAAAAGAGAGUUUAAGAAGUUUAAGGUAGAUAAGCAAGACAGAAAAUGUACACAUUAUAAGAAACUUGGUCACACAGUUGAUCAAUGUUUCAAGUUGACUGGUGUUGUCCCUGAGUGGUUUAAUAAUCUGAGAAGUAAACAAGUUGGAGGUUCAAGAAUGGUUGCAAAUGCCUAUGAUAUGACUACUGACAACUUCAUGGAUGAUAAUCCUUUGGAUCCUGCAAAUCAAUCUUCUAAACCUGAAGUUAAGAUUGAUUCUACCUUGGUGAAUGCUGUUUAUAAAGAGAUGAUGAAGAUGAUGAAGAAUCAAUCUGCCACUGGAGAAACAUCAACUCAUUCCAUCAAUUUUGCAGGUACAAUUUUAGUUUCUAAUGCUGAAACUUUACAUUCUUCUAGUCACCUGGAAUGGAUUGUGGAUACAGGUGCCACAGAUCACAUGAUCUGUGAUAAAUCUUUAUUCCUUGAUUUCAAGGUUUUACCUCAACCUAUUAAGGUUGGUUUACCUGAUGGUAAACUUAAAUUGGUUACUCAUGUUGGUACUGUCCAAUUCACUUCUAAUUUUAAGCUUUCAAAUGUUUUCUUGCUACCAGAUUUCAAACAUAAUCUACUCUCUGUUGGGAAAUUGUUAGAUGAGCAUCAAUUGUUUGCUAAAUUUACACCUACUUCAUGCUUUUUUCAUGACCUUACAACUAGCCAAAUCAAGGCAGUUGCUGUCAGAAAGGCUGGUUUAUACAAAUUCCACACUGAUUUUUCUGCUUCAUGUUCACCUUCUGCCACAUGUUCUGCUUUACACACUCAAGUUUCUUUACCUUCUUUUGCUGUAUGUCAUUCUAGACUAGGGCAUCCUUCUAUUCAUACUAUGAAUUAA